CAGCAAUCAGUGCUUAGGUAGCCACUAUCAGGGAGAAGACAGGCUGGGAAGAAACCAGGAAAUGACAAAGAAAAAGAAGGAGGAUAGAGAGGUACCUGAAAUCUACGUUAAAAAGAUUCCUCUUCUGAAGCACAGAAAUGGAGCAAACCGAGGUGAUGAAGCCCGAAACUCUGGACGAGCUGAUUGCAAUCCUGCACAAGAUCUUCGAGAGUGACUGCAUCAAUGUAGAGGAGGUUCAAAACAUCAUGGAAUCAUACGAGAGCAAGCCUCACGAAUGGAUGAAGUAUGCGAAGUUUGACCAAUUCAGGUACACAAGGAACUUGGUUGAUGAAGGUAAUGAGAAGUUCAAUCUCAUGAUUCUCUGCUGGGGUGAAGGACAUGGGAGUAGCAUCCACGACCACACAAACUCCCAUUGUUUCAUGAAGUUGCUGCAGGGACAGCUGAAAGAGACUCUGUUCGACUGGCCGGAUCGCAAAUCACAUGGAGACAUGGUGCAGAAAUCUCAGAGGGUCCUCCAGGAAAGCAAGGUCGCUUACAUCAACGACUCCAUUGGUCUGCACCGUGUGGAAAACGUCAGUCACACAGAGUGCGCAGUGAGUUUGCACCUGUACAGCCCCCCGUUUGAAACCUGCCAGACCUUUGACCAGCGGACGGGCCACAAAAACACCGUCAAGAUGACUUUCUGGAGCAAAUAUGGGGAAAAGACUCCAUUUACCACAGUUUCACAAGAGAACAACUAAACUUCACCUAAGGAGGCUCCAGCAGAUGACAAUGUUUGCAUUUGGAAUGACAAUGUCAUGAAAUUAAUCCUAGGAAAACUGCAGAGAAACCAUUAAAAAAAGUGGACCCACGAUGAACAUACUUUCCACACGAAAAUCAGGACUGGACCGGUUGAAAACGGACAGCUUGCUAAUUAGAAUGGCUUUAUUGGUGCCCAGUGUGAACUUGGCAAAUACUGAUGAGCACAGGACGAAUGCAUGAAUAGGCUUGGAAGAGGAUUGAAUCUGCCUUUUGUUCGCUCGGGCUAAAGAGAGCCUUUUUUUUUUUUUUUUUUUUUUACUACAAUAACAACAUUCCUGUCUGUCCACCCACCUGUGUCACGACACUUUCAUAAGGUUAUGGCCUGUACUUAAACAUUGGAGAUUUACUGUUUUUAAAAAGAGGAAAUAUUGCUGUUUCUUUUUUGUAUCCAAAAAGAGGAAAAAAGCAUCUGUCAUAUAUAAUGAACAGCUUCGUUCUCAAUCAUGGUUUACAGCUGAAUUUGCUGUUGAUUCAUGCCACUUAAAAUGGCCUUAAACCUGUUGAAAUUUGUCGAGGAUUGUGAAAAUUACCUGUACAGUUUACCAGCAAAAGGUUUGUUCUGUUUCCAUUUGAAGAAAGUAGUGUAAAGCUUUGGAGUUUUGUUGUUUUUAAAAGUGUAAUGGUUGUAAAUUAUUUGCAGAGUAUGUUGUACUCUGAAAGUUUUUAAUUCGGCAAGCUUUUAAAUGUGUUCAUACCAAUAGAGCAACAUGGAGAGACUAUUAUUUUGUGUUAGUAGGAGAUAAAAUGUUUAGAUAAAAACUCAGGAUUUUUAUUUUUCCUGUAUUUCAAUAGUGUGUAAUCUUUCACAGCGCUGGCUGUUGCACAUACAGGGUGUCUGUGAUGCAGUAACCCUAACCAUCACUGUAGUACAAUAAAAACCAUUUCAUUUUCACA